UAGUAAACACAAACCCCAACUUGGUCGUCACUCCAAGUAAUGCAGAAUUGGUCUAGUGGACUGACUUGAAUAACCUCUGCUUCCAGGCAACUUCUUGUGGAUCAUUCUCUUGUAUAAAAGGCCAACACCCGUGCACACUUUCCAAGUGAGUCUUUACUCUUUCUUUUGUACCUUCUUUCUUACAUAGUCCUGUCAGCCAGGCUCAAAAUUCAUACAAACCCCUGCUACAUAAUCAUUAUCAUCAAGAAGUAACAAUGGAAGUAGGUGGAAAUGAAUUCACUGAGAUCACUCUUCGGCCAUUGGAUCUUUCUGACAUAGAUGCUUUCAUGGUGUGGGCUACUGAUGAUAAAGUGGCUCGAUUUUGCACAUGGGAUGCUUACACUAGCAAAGAAGACGCACUGGACUUUAUCAAGAAUAAGGUUAUUCCUCACCCAUGGUUCAGGGCUAUUUGCCUUAAUGGCCAGCCCAUUGGUGCCAUUUCAGUGACCAGAAAUAUAGGCAAUGAUGACUGCAGAGGUGAACUUGGCUAUGCUUUGGGCUACAAGUACUGGGGCAAAGGAAUUGCAACUGAAGCAGUUAAGCUAGUGGCUAAUACUAUAUUUAGUGAGUGGCCACACUUGGAGAGACUUCAAGCUCGAGUUCUUGUUGAAAAUGUGGGGUCCCAGAGGGUGUUAGAAAAGGUUGGGUUCCAGAGGGAAGGUGUUCUAAGAAAGUAUAUGACUUUGAAGGAGAAAAUUAGAGACCUGAUGAUGUUUAGUCUUCUUUCUACUGAUCCCCAGAGCUGAGUAUUUGUUCAGAGUUAAUGUUGUUUUAAUUUGUAUGCGAUUUUAUGAAUCUUAAAGCAUCCACUAGAAUAAGACAUUGUUAAAAAUUCUAAUUCUAAAAUUUAUGAUAAAAUUUUAGAUGUUUAGUCUUC